AUGCCGCUCGAGCACUAUGGAGCAGAACCGUCGUGGCAACGGCUGGAGAAGCGGCCUCUGAGUGAAUCUCUCUCUCAACGCAGCGAUUUCUCUCUCACCCGUCAGACAGAGGCUCAGGAUGACUAUGAGAAGGAGCGUUCGCAUGCAUCAAAGAAGGAGGACCCGAAUGUUCUCUCUAAGCUCUCAGGGGUAAGCCGCUCCGUGAGUUGGGGUCGAAACACCGCGCCUCGCAGGUACAACUCUUUGCGUCGUGAUAACGACACAUGCUCACCGUCGCCUACUAUGGUACGACAUCCCUCGCUCCGAACCAAAAAUUUCUCAUCACAGAGCACUUCCUCUCUGAGCCUCACACCGACAAACUCUUCACACCACGGGGACGACGAGGCGAGCUCGGUCCAUUCUCAUACGUCUAGCCCAUCCUCGUCAGCAGCGCUUUCGCUGCGAUCCUUGUCGAGUAUGGAUGUAGAACGCUUAAACAAACGCAUACCCUCUAACCUGUCAGAUCCUCCUCGUGAUCCACCUGGUGUGGAUAUUUACGAAGCGACGGCGAUGGACAAUACGCCGACUCAUUCGCCUCGUCCAGACCUUCUUGACCCCUCCUCGCCGAGCGUCAGUCCCAAGUCAUGUAUUGAUAAGGAAGUGGACAACUUCGAUGAAGGAAUGGUGAACAUGGCUGUACCAGAGGUGCGUGUGGACAGCGCACAGAGCCCCAUACGCAACAAUACAGUCGCUCCUACGAAUCAUACAUGGCAAAGCAUCUCGAACGUGGAUCAUACCAAGCCCAUCAAGGCCCCUUUCCCACUUCGACCGCUACCCGCCUUGCCACGGAGCGUCACUGAAUCGGAUACAUCCAUCGAUGGUCCCUCACGCCGGCAUCGCGGUUCCUUUUACGCUCGUAUGCAAUCGUCCAAUCCCGAUAUCUUUCAAACUCUUCGCUCGCCACCGGAUGACGAAUACGGCGGAACAGCGACUCCUCCAACAGAUGCUCGGUCCAAAGCCAAGCUGUUACGCUUUUUCUCUCGCAUAUUUAAUGACCAAAGUUCGCGAGGCUCUACCAGCGAGAGCACUUCGCCCAGCUCUCUCAGCUCCCCGCCUCUCUCAUCCUCUAUGCCAUUUUCUAGCAUCAUGAGCUCGACAGAUGAUCGUCGCGGAAGCUCUGCACUAGGCCGCGCUAGAGACACACCGUUCUUGCUGGCCGAGUCACUCACACAAGUUCUUCCUCGACCACCCCGCUCACCGCGAAUAGCGCCGGUAUCCUUAUCGGAGAGCGAUCUCAGUGAUGAAGAUGUUACCGAAAUUCACGGAUUAACAACAAGAUCGGCCACGCCUGCGCGAAGUCUAUCACCUGCGCCCUCUGUCACGCAUGCAUCAACUACAGAUGCAGCCAUGUCUGUUCUAUCUCUUUCUGACUCGAUCCAAGAGCCUUUCAAUUUGCACUCUAUUGAGUCUUAUAUCUUAGAAGAGGAAAUCGGCAGUGGUGCCUACGGCUUUGUCCGUCGUGCGCGCUCGAAAGAUACCGGCGACAAUGUCGUUAUCAAGUAUAUCUACAAGAGCUCUAUCUUUGCCGAUUCAUGGCGAAGGCAUCGCGUCUAUGGUACUAUUCCGGGUGAAAUUUUCAUUUUGCUGCAACUCCAGCAUACACCUUAUUCGCCACCCGCCUUACCACCUCCUUAUAUUUGCAAUAAGGCAUACUGGAUGCAGGAACGCGAGAAACUCGUAGCCCAGCAGCAGAGUGGACAAGUCACAGGGCACCCAGGUAUCUGCAAGCUGGCCGACUUUUUCGAAGAUGAAGAAUACUACUAUAUGGUAAUGCCAAGAUUCGGUAAUGGACAUGAUCUAUUUGAUUAUGUCGAAUCUUCUAUGUUUGGUAUCGAGCCUCAUGAAAUCCGCAAUUACCUGGGGCAAGUGGCUGAUGUUAUCGCUUUUCUGCACGCUAAUGGGUUGGUACAUCGAGAUAUCAAGGAUGAAAACGUGAUUUUGGACAAUCAUGGUAUGAUUCAAGUCAUUGAUUUCGGAGGAGCCACUCGUCUACGACCCGGUAAACUAUUUGAUACCUUCAGCGGAACGAUGGAUUAUGCUGCCGUCGAGAUUUUGAAAGGCGAGAAGUACAGCGGCCCCCCUCAAGAUGUAUGGGCCUUUGGUAUUGUGGCUUAUGUGCUUACUUGCGGAGAAUGUCCCUUCUCUGACAUCCAAGAAGCGAGUCAGGGUUUGUCUCCUGGAUCGAGGCCUUUCCUGACCUUGCAUCAUUUCUGCUUUGACACUGAUACAAACCGUAUGACUCACGAAAAUGCUACCAGUGAUGCUGGACCAGAGAAAGAGUCCCCCAAGGAUGGUGGGGGUCAAUUGCACCAACUGUUCGAUUUGAUCUGUCAAUGUCUACAAAUAGACCCUAUGCUCCGCCCAUCAGCGCAAGAUAUCCUACGACAUGCCUUUUUGCAUGGUGCCAGAGGCUGGAUGGGCGUAUCGGGGUGGAGAAGUAUAUAA